AUGGGUUCCCUGUGGAGCUGGUGGACACUCUGGACAGGAGCAACCCUCCUGUGUGGGUUGACCCAGGGAACCUCCGUGGACUUCCUUGCGGCCUUCCUGCAGAACUAUCUGCCUGGCUACCACAGGGCAUCUCUCCAACUCCUUCUCUCCAGUCUGUCGGACCGCCCUGCCUCGGUCUCCAUUCACUGCCACGCAGAUGGUACCAGGCAGAAUGUCACAGUGAACCCGGGGCAGUCAGUCAUGGUCAACAUCAGUUCCAAGGCUGAGAUGGUCGGCAGUAAGGUCUUCCAGCACGCAGUGACGGUCCACUCUGACCGUGAGAUCUCUGCGCAGGCUGUAAACACGAAGCCCGACACAGCAGAGCUGACGCGACUGUGGCCUGUUCAGGUUCUGGGCACUGAGUACUUUGCGCUCACACCUCCCGGCGUCUCGUCCAAGAAUGUCAAGGAGUUCGCCGUGGUGGUGGGAGCAGCAGGGGCCUCGGUCACUAUGCAGCUGAAGGGGUCGGCGACAUUCCAGGGCAAGUUCUACCCAGCGGGCAGUGUCGUGACCUUGACUCUGCAGCCCUACCAUGUGGCCCAGGUACAGAGCACAGCUGAGCUCUCGGGGUCGAAGAUCACAGCCAAUGGUCCGGUGGCUGUGUUCUCUGGCCACAGCUGCGCCCAGAAACACACAAACUGCAACCACGUGGUGGAGCAGCUACUCCCCACGUCUGCCUGGGGCACCCGCUACGUGGUGCCCUCUCUGUCCUCCCAGGCCCACUACGACCUGGUCUAUGUCAUGGCCAGCCAGACCACAAAGCUGAGCUACAAUCAGGGGGGCACCGCUGGCUCCCGCAGGCUCCAGGAGGGCGAUGUGGUAGAGUUUGAGAUCCGGCCGUCCCAGCCGCUCUACCUGUCUGCAGACGUGGGCAUCCAGGUCCUGCAGUUUGGCACAGGUGCCACAAGGGGCCAAAUAACCUAUGACCCCCACCUGGCCUUGGUCCCAGAUGUGGCAGCCUACUGCCCGGCCUAUGUGGUGAAGAGCGUGCCAGGCACUGAGGGUGUGGCUCUGGCAGUAACACAGACAAAGGCGGUUAACGAGCUGACCAUGGACGGGCAGAGGAUGGGGGCCAAGCUCUCCUGGACAGCUGUGCCCGGCAGUGAGUUCUCCUAUGCCGAGGUGGACCUUGGCCCCAGUGACAAGAUCCACAUGAUUGAGGCCACUACUAACUUCGGGCUGCUCACCUUCGGGCUGCUCAAGGCCAUAAGCUAUGGGACAGCAGGUGCCUGCGGCCGAACCGUGCUGUCCCAGAAACCCUCCUGCGAAGACAUGCAGUGCAGUCCCCAGCAGAAAUGCCAGGUGGUGGAUCAGCAGGCCAAGUGCGUGGCGGUCCCCGUGGCCACCUGCCGCGCCCAAGGUGACCCCCAUUACACCACCUUCGACGGCCGGCGCUAUGACAUGAUGGGCACGUGCCUUUACUCGAUGGCAGAGCUGUGCAGCAACGACCAGACCCUGCCGGCUUUCGGUGUGGAGGCCAAGAAUGAGCACCGGGGCAGCCGCCGGGUCUCCUACGUGGGCUUGGUCAACGUGCGUGCCUACAGCCACGCAGUAUCUCUGGUCCGAGGGGAAGUUGGCUUCGCUCGGAUUGACAACCAGCGCUCGCGCCUGCCCGUCUCCCUGGCCGAGGGCCGCCUGCGUGUGUACCAGAGCGGGACCCAGGCCGUAGUGGAGCUGGACUUCGGGCUGGUGGUCACCUACGACUGGGACAGCCAGCUGGCCCUGAGCCUGCCCGAGCGCUUCCAGAGCCAGGUGUGCGGACUGUGUGGCAACUACAACCGCAACCCCGAUGACGAUUUCCUUACCUACGACUCGGAGCUGGCAGCCGACCCCGUGGAGUUUGCCAACAGCUGGAAGCUGGACGAUGAGGACUACCUGUGUGAGGACGGUUGCCAGGGCGACUGUCCCUCCUGCACCCCAGGCCAGGCCCAGCACUACGAGGGCAACCACCUCUGCGGCAUGCUGACCCAGGCCGGCGGCCCGUUCGCCGUGUGCCACAGCGCGCUGCCCCCCCGGCCCUUCCUGGAGGAGUGCGUGUACGACCUGUGCGUGCUCCAGGGGGACCGGUCCAGCCUGUGCCGCAGCCUCAGCGCCUACGCCCAGGCCUGCCUGGAGCUUGGCAUCUCUGUCGGGAACUGGAGGUUGCUGGCCCACUGUCCCCUGAACUGCCCCGCCAACAGCCGCUAUGAGCAGUGCAGCCCCGCCUGCCCCGCCACCUGCAACUCCCAGGCGUUGCCGGCCAACUGCUCCGGGCGCGGGUGCGUGGAGGGCUGCGUGUGCCUCCCGGGCUUCGUGGCCAGCGGCGGCGCCUGCGUGGAGGCCUCGUCGUGCGGCUGCAUCUUCGAGGGCCGCCCGCUCGCCCCCGGCCAGCAGGUGUGGGCGGACGACAGGUGCCAGCGGCUCUGCACUUGCAACGGCGCCACCCAGCAGGUGACCUGCAAGGACACGCAGGGCUGCCCGACCGGCGAGCGCUGCCGCGUCCAGAACGGCCUCCUGGGUUGCUACCCCGACCGCUUCGGGAGCUGCCAGGCGUCUGGGGAUCCGCACUACGUGAGCUUCGACGGCCGGCGCUUUGACUUCAUGGGCACGUGCACGUACCUGCUGGUCGGCUCGUGCGGCCAGGCGGCAGCGCUGCCCGCCUUCCGGGUGCUGGUGGAAAACGAGCACCGGGGCAGCCAGACCGUAAGCUACACGCGCGCCGUGCGCGUGGAGGCCCGUGGCGUGAAAGUGACUGUGCGCCGGGAAUCCCCUGGGCAAGUGCUGGUGGACGGCAUCCUUCAUCACCUGCCCCUCCAGGCAGCAGAUGGGCAGGUGCAGGUCUUCCGCCAGGGCCAAGAUGCAGUUGUGCGCACAGACUUUGGCCUGACUGUCACCUACAACUGGAACGAUCGUGUGAUUGUCAAGGUGCCCAGCAGCUAUGCUGGGGCCCUAUGUGGGCUCUGCGGAAACUUCAAUGGGAACCCCAAUGAUGACUUGGCUCUGCGGGGUGGAGGCCAAGCUGGCAAUGCCCUGGCCUUUGGGAACAGCUGGCAGGAGGAGACAAGGCCAGGCUGUGGGGCAACUGAGCCAGGGGAGUGUCCCAACCUGGACUCCCUGGUGGCCCAGCAGCUGCAGAGCAAGAAGGAGUGUGGGAUCCUUGCGGACCCCACGGGGCCCUUCCGUGAGUGCCACGGCAAGCUGGACCCACAGGGUGCCCUGCACGACUGUGUCUAUGACCGCUGCCUGCUGCCAGGCCAGUCUGGGCCACUAUGUGAGGCAUUGGCCACCUACGCCGCUGCGUGCCAGGCCAUCGGGGCCACUGUGCACCCCUGGAGGAGUGAGAAGCUUUGCCCUCUGAGCUGCCCGCCCCACAGCCACUACGAGGCGUGUUCCCGUGGCUGCCCGCUGUCCUGUGGGGACCUCCCAGUGCCCGGGGGCUGUGGCUCCGACUGCUACGAGGGCUGUGUGUGUGACGAGGGCUUCGCGCUCAGUGGUGAGUCCUGCGUGCCCCUGCCCUCCUGCGGCUGCGCAUACCAAGGCAUCUACCACCCGCCAGGCCAGACCUUCUACCCUGGACCUGGGUGUGAUUCCCUUUGCCAGUGCCAGGAGGGCGGCCUGGUGUCCUGCCAGCCCUCCGCCUGUGGCCCGCAGGAGGCCUGCAAGCCGUCCGGUGGCCUCCUGGGCUGCGUGGUCGUGGGCUCUGCCACCUGCCAAGCCUCGGGAGACUCCCAUUACACCACCUUUGACGGCCGCCGCUUCGACUUCAUGGGUACCUGCGUGUACGUGCUGUCUCGGACCUUCAAGACCCGGCCUGGGCUGCAGCAGUUUAGUGUCCUGCAGGAGAACGUGGCCUGGGGCAAUGGGAAAGUCAGUGUGAUCACCGUCCAGGUGGCUAACUUCACCCUGCGGCUGGAGCAGAAACAGUGGAAGGUCACGGUGAAUGGUGUGGACAUGAGGCUGCCCGUGGUGCUGGCCCAGGGCCAGGUCCGCGCCUCCCGGCACGGCUCGGACAUCAUAAUCAACACUGACUUCGGCCUGCGUGUGGCCUACGACCUCAUGUACAACGUGCGGGUCACCGUCCCAAGCAACUACCACCAGCAGCUGCGUGGCCUUUGCGGGAACUACAACAGCGACGCCAAGGAUGACUUCCAGAAGCCGGACGGCUCACAGGCAGGCAGCUCAAACGAGUUCGGUAACUCCUGGGAGGAGGCAGUGCCCGGCUCCCCGUGUCUGCCACCGCCCACCUGCAAGCCCGGGGAAGAUUGCAGCCCAGACCUCAAGUGCCCCCCUGAACUGGAGGAGAAGUACAAGCAGGAGAAGUUCUGUGGGCUCCUCACCAGCCCCACCGGGUCUCUGGCCGCCUGCCCCAAGCUGGUUGAUCCCCAGGGUCCCUUAGAAAAUUGUGUCUUUGAUCUUUGCCUGGGUGGCGGGAACGAGAGCAUCCUCUGCAGCAACAUCCAAGCCUAUGUGAGUGCUUGCCAGGCAGCCGGAGGCAACAUUGGUCCCUGGAGGACUGAGUCAUUCUGUCCGAUGGAGUGCCCCGCCAACAGCCACUACAAGCUCUGCGCAGACACCUGCUCCCUGGGCUGCUCGGCACUCAGCGCCCCCCCUCACUGCCCAGAGAGCUGUGCCGAGGGCUGCCAGUGUGACCCUGGCUUCCUCAGUGACGGCCAGGCCUGUGUGCCCAUCCAGCAAUGUGGCUGCUACCACAACGGGGUCUACUAUGAGCUGAACCAGACGAUGCUCGUCGACAACUGCCAGCAGCAGUGUGUGUGCCACGCCGGGCAAGGUGUGGUGUGCCAGGCCCACAGCUGCAAGCCAGGACAGGUGUGCAAGCCCUCGGGAGGCGUCCUGAGCUGCAUCACCAAAGACCCAUGCCAUGGUGUGACGUGCCGGCCACAGGAGACCUGCCAGGAGAAAGCUGGCCAGGCUGUGUGCGUGCCCAACUAUGAGGCCACAUGCUGGCUAUGGGGCGACCCCCACUACCACUCCUUUGAUGGCUGGGACUUCGACUUCCAAGGCACGUGCAACUACGUGCUGGCAGCAGCUGGCUCCCAGGGGGGCAGCUCCCAGGGCCUGACCCCCUUCACCGUCACCACCAAGAAUGAGAACCGGGGCAACCCUGCUGUGUCCUAUGUGAGGCUCGUCACCGUGUCUGCCCUCGGCUUCAAUAUCUCCAUCCACAAAGGCGAGAUCGGCAAAGUCCGGGUGAACAGUGUGCUGACAGCGCUGCCUGUCUCUGUGGCCGGGGGCCGGCUUUCGGUGACCCAGGGCGCGUCAAAAGCGCUGCUGGUAACGGACUUUGGGCUUCAGGUCAGCUAUGACUGGAAUUGGCGAGUGGAGGUGACGCUGCCUAGUAGCUAUCAUGGCGAGGUGUCUGGGCUCUGCGGGAACAUGGACCGCGACAGCAGCAACGACCGAGCCUUCCCCAACGGCACGCUGGCUCCCUCGAUACCUGUCUGGGGCGGCAGCUGGCGCGCUCCCGGCUGGGACCCGCUGUGCUGGGAUGAAUGUCAGGGGAACUGUCCAACAUGCCCUGAGGACCGGGUGGAGGAGUACAAGGGCCCUGGCUUCUGUGGACCCCUGGCCCCUGGCGCGGGAGGCCCCUUUGCUGCCUGCCAUGCCCACGUGGACCCCGACAGCUUCUUCAAGGGCUGCGUUCUGGAUGUCUGCCUAGGCGGUGGGGCCCACGACAUCCUUUGCCAGGCUCUGGCCGCCUAUGCUGCCGCCUGCCAGGCCGCAGGGAUUGUCAUUAAGGACUGGAGGGAGCAGGCUGGCUGUGAGAUCUCCUGCCCCGAGAACAGCCACUACGAGCUCUGUGGCCCAGCCUGCCCGGACAGCUGCCCGUCCCCUGCGCCCCCCACGACGCCAAAGCCAUGUGACGGCCCCUGUGCCGAGGGCUGCCAGUGUGACUCGGGCUUCGUGUGGAGUGCCGACCGCUGUGUUCCCCUGGAUGGUGGCUGUGGCUGCUGGGCCAACGGCACGUACCACGAAGCUGGCAGCGAGUUCUGGGCUGAUGCCACCUGCUCCCAGAGGUGCCGCUGCGGGCCUGGGGGUGGCUCGCUGGUCUGCAAGCCUGCCAAGUGCGGGCUAGGUGAACAAUGUGCCCUGCUGCCCUCGGGCCAGCAUGGCUGCGAGCCUGUCAGCACAGCGGAGUGUCAGGCCUGGGGUGACCCCCAUUACAUCACCCUGGAUGGGCACCGAUUCGACUUCCAAGGCAAUUGCGAGUACCUGCUGAGCACGCCCUGCAAUGCGCUGCCCACGGGGGCUGAGAACUUCACCGUCACUGUAGUCAACGAGCACCGGGGCAGCCAGGCGGUCAGCUACCCUCGCAGUGUCACCCUGCACAUCUACAAACACAGCCUGACCCUCAGUGCCCAAUGGCCCCGUCAGCUGCAGGUGGACGGUAAGCUCGUAGCGCUGCCCUACGAGCUGGACUCGCGCCUGCGCGCGUACGUGAGCGGCGCCGACGUGGUGGUGACCGCGGCCGCCGGGCUCUCUCUGGCUUUCGACGGGAACAGCUUCGUGCGCCUGCGCGUGCCGGCGCCGUACGCGGGCGCCCUCUGUGGCCUGUGCGGGAACUACAACCAGGACCCCGCAGACGACCUGAAGGCUGUGGGCGGGAACCCCGCCGGCUGGCAGGUGGGCGGCGAGGCGGGCUGCGGCGAGUGCGUGCCCGGGCCGUGCCCGCCGCAGUGCACAACCGAGCAGCAGGGGGCCUUCGCCGGCCGGGACGCCUGUGGCGUGAUCUCCGCCGCCGACGGCCCGCUGGCGCCCUGCCACGGCCUUGUGCCCCCAGAGCAGUACUUCCAGUCCUGCUUGCUGGACGCCUGCCAGGCCCAGGGCCAUCCGGGAGGCCUCUGCCCUGCCGUGGCGGCCUAUGUGACAGUCUGCCAGGCCGCGGGGGCCCAGCUCGGCGAGUGGAGGCGGCCGGACUUCUGUCCUCUCCUGUGCCCUGCCAACAGCCACUACAAGCUCUGUGGGGACUCCUGCCCUGUAAGCUGCCCGAGCCUCUCUGCGCCCGAGGGCUGCGUGCAGAGCUGCCGGGAGGGCUGCGUCUGUGAUGCCGGCUUCGUGCUCAGCGGCGACACCUGUGUGCCCGUGGGCCAGUGCGGAUGCCUCCACGAGGGCCGCUACUACCCGCUAGGCGAGUCCUUCUACCCAGGCCCUGAGUGUGAGCAGCGCUGUGAGUGUGGGCCGGGCGGCCAAGUCACUUGCCAGGAGGGCCCGGCCUGCAGGCCCUACGAGGAGUGCCGAGUAGAGGACGGAGUCCAGGCCUGCCACCCUACAGGCUGUGGCCGCUGCGUGGCCAAUGGGGGCCUCCACUACAUUACCCUCGAUGGGCGUACCUAUGACCUGCACGGUUCCUGCUCCUACGUCCUGGCCAAAGUCUGCCACCCACAGCCUGAGGACGAGGACUUUAGUAUCGUGCUUGAGAAGGAUGCCACCGGCAAUCUCCAACAGCUGGUGGUGACUGUGGCUGGCCAGGUUGUGAGACUGGCUCGGGGGCCAAAGGUCACCGUGGACAACAAGGCUGUGGCCCUGCCUGUGGCUGUGGGUCGCGUGCGAGUGACUGCCGAGGGCCGGAAUGUGAUUCUGCAGACCGCCAAAGCACUGCGGCUUCUCUUUGAUGGCGAUGCCCAUGUCCUCAUAUCCAUCCCCAGCCCCUUCCGUGGCCGGGUCUGUGGCCUCUGUGGGAACUUCAACGGCAACUGGACCGACGACCUUGUCCUGCCCAGCGGCGCCAAGGCCCCCAGUGUGGAUGCCUUUGGGGCCGCGUGGCGGGCCCCCAGCUCCUCCCAGGGCUGUGGCGAGGGCUGUGGGGCCAGCGGCUGCCCCGUGUGCUUGGCCCAGGAGACGGCACCGUAUGAGAGCAACCAGGCCUGCGGUCAGAUCUGGGACCCCCAGGGCCCUUUUGCAGCCUGCCACGCGGUGCUGAACCCCUCUGAGUACUUCCGCCAAUGCGUGUACGACCUGUGUUUCCACAAAGGCAACACCACCUUCCUCUGCCGCAGCCUGGCAGCCUACACAGCAGGCUGCCAGGCGGUCGGUGGGACCGUGAAGUCCUGGAGGACAGACAGCUUCUGCCCCCUCCAGUGCCCUGCCCACAGCCACUACUCCACCUGCAUGCGCUCCUGCCAGGGCUCCUGCGCCGCCCUCUCGGGCCUCACGGGCUGCACCAGCCGCUGCUUCGAGGGCUGCGAGUGUGACGACCGCUUCCUGCUCUCGCAUGGCACCUGCGUCCCCGUACAGAACUGUGGCUGCGCCCAUAACGGCCAGUACUUGCCGGUGAACUCCUCACUGCUGAGCUCAGACUGCCGCCAGCACUGUUCCUGCUCCCCAAGCACCGGCCUGACGUGCAAGGCAGCCAGCUGUGGGCCAGACCGGGUCUGUGAGGUCCGGGCUGGGGCCCAGAACUGCUGGGCCCCCCAGGGUCUCUGUUCCCUCUCUGUGGAUGCCAACCUCACCACCUUCAAUGGAUCCCAUGGAGCUUUCCGCUCCCAGGGCAUCUACGAACUGUCUUCCCGCUGCCCGGGGCUACCAGACACCAUUCCCUGGUUCCGUGUGGUGGCUGUUGUCCAGGCCUGCCAAGGCAAAAUUGGACCUGUGAACCAGGUUCACAUCUUCUUCAAGGAUGGGCUGGUGAUUCUGAGCUCAGAGAACGGAGUGUGGGUGAAUGGUCUCCAUGUGUCUCUCCCAGUUGAGUUAUCAGCGUCUGUGUCCAUAUAUAAGAAUCCCGAUGGCUCCGUGAGCGUUAAUCAGAAGGCAGGGGUCCAGGUGUGGCUUGGCGGCAAAGGGCAGCUGGCUGUGAUGGUCAGCGAAGACCAUGCCGGGAAGCUGUGUGGGGUCUGCGGAAACUUUGACGGGGACCAGACCAAUGAUGGGGAUGACUGGAAGAUGAUGACAGAGAGCUGGAGAGCGCAGGACUUCUCCCCAUGGUGA